UUCCCCUUUAUUCUUUGAUUCUUUCUCGUUUGUUUCCUUUUAUCUUCUUGGGUGUCUAUUUCUUCUUCUUCUUCUUGUUUGGUCCCAAGGGUUGUUUAGGGUGGUUUUGUAUUAUGGAUGCUCGUGUUCUUGAUGGUAUAAUCAAUAGGUUGCUUGAAGUUAGAGGUAAACCAGGGAAGCUAGUCCAGCUUUCUGAGUCUGAAAUAAGGCAGCUUUGUCUUGUUUCUAAAGAUAUCUUUUCCAGGCAGCCUGUUCUUUUAGAGCUUGAAGCACCUAUUAAGAUUUGCGGAGACAUUCAUGGUCAGUAUUCUGAUCUCCUGAGGCUAUUCGAGAUUGGUGGUUUCCCUCCUCGUGUCAAUUACUUAUUCUUGGGGGAUUACGUAGAUCGUGGAAAACAAAGCCUCGAAACGAUAUGCCUUCUCCUUGCAUACAAAAUCAAAUAUCCCGAAAAAGUUUUCCUUCUAAGGGGCAACCACGAAUGUGCUUCAGUGAACCGCAUCUACGGAUUUUAUGACGAGUGCAAACGAAGAUUCAAUGUCCGGCUUUGGAAAGUGUUCACUGAUUGUUUUAACUGCCUGCCUGUGGCAGCUCUGGUUGAAGAAAAAAUAUUCUGCAUGCAUGGUGGACUGUCACCAGAGCUCCGUAGCAUGGACCAGAUUAGAAAGAUAAAGAGGCCUACUGAUGUUCCAGACUCUGGCUUACUGUGUGAUCUACUAUGGUCUGAUCCUAGUAAAGACAUUCUGGGAUGGGGCCCUAAUGAUCGGGGAGUUUCCUACGUGUUUGGUUCCGACAGGGUGAUCGAUUGUCUCAAGAGGCUUGAUCUUGAUAUCAUAUGUCGAGCACACCAGGUGGUUGAAGAUGGAUAUGAAUUCUUUGCUAACAGGCAACUUGUAACCAUAUUUUCAGCACCAAAUUACUGCGGCGAGUUCGACAAUGCUGCUGCCAUGAUGAGCGUGGAUGAGUCUUUAACUUGUUCUUUCCAGAUAAUAAAGGCUGCAGAUAAGAAACCGAAGUUCGGGUUUGGAACCUUAGCUUCAACCAAGUCUUCCAUUACUCCUACUAUAAUCAAGGAGCAAGUGCCGGAGCAAGAGGAAGAAGAGGGGUGUCAUUUGAUGUGAUUUGUUGCUUUCUUUUGAUUUAGAACAACACAUACAAGAAAAAAAAACAUAAGGCCAAGAAAGAAGAAGAGAAAAUAAGGCCAAAAAAGAAAUGCUACUUUCUAGAUGGGGACAAUAAGGCAUGAAGUCUUUUGAAUGUACAUCUGUCAAUCCAGAUUCAUGGAUUUUGCAUGAAGACAAUAGGGAUCUUUGGACUUGAAGCUGUUUAUCAUUUUUGUUCUUCUUUGUUUGGAAAAUAUGUAGAAAUGGUGGUGAGGAGGGCUUAACUGCACUGGAGCCAUGGGGAUAUUAAUGGUGUCAAAAUUUGAGUGAAUCAUUAGUUUUUUUUAACCAAAUAAAUUAUAGCCAAUUAAGCAUGAUUUGCUGGUAAAUUUUAAAGUGUAUGAUUGAGGUUUCUGCCAUUCUUACAUUACAUGAGAUUAAAGAAAUCAUAGUUUGUUAAUAUGAAAAUAUAAAUAAUAUGUUAGUACCAAGUAACUUGGUGUUUGAUUA